AUGAAGGAACUCCUCACCAAGCCUUUUGAAUUUUCUCCUCGUAACCGACACGAGAAGCGAUACAACCCUUACCUCGCGACUACUUCUUCGGAUGGUCGGAGAGAAACCUCUUCUUCUUCUUUGAGACACAAACGAGUGCAUGCCAGAGUGCUUCUUUCUACUCGGCAACGAAGGCUCUUGAUGGGAAGUGAUGAUGAUGACGACGACGAGAUGGAUGACUCCUCAAUGACCAGCAGCAAUAACUUUGCCAAUAGUAAUACUAACUUUAAUUCCAAUAGUAUUAAUACCACUACUCUCAACAAUUUCAACCCAUCCCAUACAUCCAACAAUAAUCAUCUCAACUCUCUCCACCACCCUCAUCCAUCAUGUGUUCAUCAUCAUUAUCAUCACUUCAACUCUCUAUUACAAACACAACUCAAAACUUUAGUGGAUCAAUUCUUUGAAAGUUUAUUAAAGAACAUGGAAACCAUGCAUGGAAGAAAGGCUUUGAUAAUGACAGAAGAGGAUCGACAACGAUUACAACAAGAGUUAUUGGUAUCCACUGAUUUUGUAAAGCGAGUUCUCAACAACAAUAGAAAUACCUCAACAGGUUCAACAGGUGGUGGAACCACUACUCAACAAUCCAUGUCCAUGACCAACACGAACGAAUGUAUAGUAGGAUUUCCAAAUUUGACACUCUUUCAAUUUGAAAGAUUUUUGUUACAGAGCGGCAAGGAAGUGUUUGUGAUGGUGUCCAACCUCAUUCCAGGACAUCGAUCGAUUUACUUGGCUACAUUCUCAAUAAUAAACCGAUAA